AUGGCUAGCGAGGAGGACCACGUAGACGGGGAGCGAAGAUGUCAGGCGGCCACACCGCGGACCUUACCUUGCUCUCCCCCCUCUCGCCGUUGGGUCUCGCCUCCGGAUCGUCGCUGUCCUCAGCGCCCGCACUCUCGCCGGGCACUUCAUCCUGAGCCAGCUGCUGCUGGGGCUGCGGCUGGGGCUGGGGCGGCUGUGGCGGCGCCUGGCAGGCUCCGCCAGCCCCCUGGGAGCGGGGGAUGGGCUCCGGGCGCGGAGAAACUCCCUCCACAUCCAUCUCCAUCUUCCCAUUCACUGGAGGGCAAGACAAAAGCGGAGCGGAGACUUGGCAGCGGCGCCCGGCGGCUCCUCAGCGGCCCGUGGCACGCAUGGCUCGCCGAGGAGGGGCCGCCUCGCGCGCGCCCUCCCUCCUGCCACCCUUCGCCCGCACUCCCCGCGGCUCGGCUCCGGCGCUGCGGGGCGUCUGGGCCCGGGAGUCCGCGAGGAGCGGGUGGCCGCGUGUCCUUGGAGCGCUGGCCUUCAGGCGCCCCCCGGCAGUCCCGCUACACCGAGCGCAUCCUGGCGGUGGCAGGGCGCCUCCCAGCCGCGCGCCCCAACCAGCCCUGGGGACAGCCCCAGGGACUUGUUCUCCUUAUCCUCGAUCCCAGAUCCGAGAUCCUCGAUCAGCCGGCGUCUCCCGCCCCACCCCCUGAGUGUAUCACCUCCCUUCCAACCUUUUGA